GUGAGAGGUUUCUCCGACGAGAUGCUGUUUGUCGCCGAGACCACACAGCCGUUGAUCGCCCCGGUAGACAUCACCAUCUGCGCCACCGCAUCUUCCUGCACCACGAAGAGUUCAAGGUAGGUUAACUUCCAGGCGCCCGCAAUGGCUUCCGGAGUCUCACGUGAGAGGCGCCUGUCCAUCUGUUCAUGUCACGCAGCACUCACUUUGUUAUGUCAUCAAACAAUGAAUCGCCCUUCAAAACACUUAUCACCGCUUGGUGUUCGCAUUUGUUUAUAGUUUUGAGAAUGCUUCAUUCGCAGGAUUACUUAGGCACUCCACCAGCAUACCCAAUUGUAAGGUAGCAAACAAGCAAUGCGGUGAACCGAUUUCGAUGCGCCCACUUCGGUGAGCCACUGCGGUGAGCCAUAUUCGAUGAACCGAUUUCGAUCAGCUAGUUUCAGCGCGCCGAUUUUGAUGAGCCAAUGCGGUGAACCACUGCAUGAAGCACUGUGGUGAGCCAAUGCGGUGAGCCAAUUUCGAUGAGCCGAUUUCCGUGAGGUAUUGCGAUUAGCAAAUUUCGGUGAGCCAAUGCGGCGAACCAAUGCGUUGAGCCAAUUUUGAUGAGCCGAUUUCGGUGAGGCAAUGCGGCGAAACAAUGCGGCGAGACAAAGCGGUGUGCUAGCCAUUGUGGUUAGGCAAUUGUGGUGAAGUUCGAAUGGGAAUUGUAUUCCCCAUUGUUGCUAAAUUGAAAUGUGAGUUAUAGAAACGUUGAUGAAAUAAUCAAACUAAUGAAUAUCAUAAAGAUAGUCAUAAAUGGUGUAAAGGGACAGACAAAUCAUCUGAAGAUAGUUGCCACUUGUCAAUAAUGUCAUAAGUAAAAAUAAUUUAGAGAAUCACGUGUGAAGAAAUGUUUCUAUUUGCCAAGUUGUUUUGUUUGUAGGUAAUUCAUUCACACCGUAUUUAAAAAAAAGAAAGAAUGUUUCUACCUGACGAUGACAUUGCCUUGUACUUCCACAAGGUUUACCUAUGCCAUCCCACUGGAGAUCGUCUACUUGACUCCGUUACAGACCUGGAACCCUUACAACCUGUCAGUCACCGAGGUAAGCCGUUGAUCCUAUUUUAUGGUUAGCCAGUCCACACGAUCACGACUGCUGACUGACUGAUUGUCUGCUGUUUGCUAAAUACUGUCGGCAAGCUGAUGUCGGACUGGUUUACUGGGGCUACCCUAUCUAGCUGCUGUGUAACUUGCUGCUGUCAGAUUGUGUGUUGUCUAAGUGGAUGACGUCUGACUAGCUGCUUCUAAUUGAGUUGUGUCAAAGUCAGAUAUUUUUUUUUAUGUUCCUCCUCUAGAAUCUGAGUAUUCCGCCCAAAAAUGGCCGAACAGGGAGUUUGACAAUCAAAGAGAAGGCCUUCAAUGGAACUGCUACCAAGGUUUACCAUUAUCUCACACCGGCAUCGUUCUAUAGCAGUAGUACAGGAGAGGUAAGUAGUGCAUGGGUUGAGGGGGGGGGGUCGGAGUUACAGGUUUGAAUCUCGUUUAAAAACAAACUUAAAAAAAAAAAAUUAAGAUUGUCUUUAGUGUUAUUUCUCGUAGAUUAAAAAUUAACAGUGUUGCACUAAAUAAAAAUGACGAAUUAUUGGACAUUUGCUCUCAUGACAUUACCUUUAUCAUGGUCGCUCUGCUAGCUUGUUGUUAUCGAAUAAUACCUACUAUAUUAUAUUAUAUUGAGCUAUUUAAGAAUAACAAUGUUAAGCUUGUUGCUAAAUAAUUAAAUUAAUAAAAAUAAAGUUGUGUAACUUAACACGCUUAUAAAAUUUACUUGUUAAAAUAAAUUCCUUUAAUUGAGACCCUCCUCCUUGAUGACUUUCCUCCUAGGUCGACCCAGCAGACACAACCAACGGCGCCGUCGGAGUCUUGGACCAGACUGGCAAAAUCAGGGCCGUGACAGCUUCUGGGAUCCAGGUCGUC